GCCACUUUAAGACGCAGUGCGGUCGUGAAUGGAGUAGCUUGAUGAGUGUCCAAAGUAACAGUGGAAGUGGGGGAAGUUUGGAGGGGACGCCAUCUUGGUCCCAGCUCUCCACGUCCCCAACACCGGGGUUGCCUUCACAGCAACACAGCGCGGCACUUACUAAGGCCAAGGAAGGUGCCAUGGAGGAGCUGCACAGCCUGGACCCGCGCAGACAAGAGCUGUUGGAGGCCCGUUUCAUGGGCGGGGUCAGCGGCAGCACGGGGGGCAGCACGGGGAGCACCAGCGGGGGAACCAAAGGCUUGAUGAACAACGAAUGUUCCAAUCACAGUUUUGGAAGUCUGGGCUCCUCCAGUGAUAAGGAAUCAGAGGGGUCAGACGUGAAGAGGGGGAGUUCUCCGGCAUACUCGACGCCGGAGAAAAAGCCCAGUGAGUCGUCCAGAGGCAGGAAGAGGAAAUGUGACGUGCAGUCGGAGAGCAGCCAAGGGAAGUCCAGCAUCAGAGGGCCCAAAAUCAGUGAUUAUUUUGAUUUCCAGGGUGGGAAUGGCUCCAGUCCGGUUCGAGGUCUCCCCACUGCUCUCCGCUCACCUCAAAACUCACAUUCCCACUCCGCACCUGGCUCCAGUACCAGACAAAAUAGUUCAUCACCAAACAGUCUUUCAUUCGGGGACCACAUGAUGCAGUCGAAACAGUUGUCAGUCAAAAGUGUCCAGACCGACCUGACUGUUACGAAGCUGGCAGCUCUGGAGAGUAACAAGAGCCUGGACCUGGAGAAGAAAGAGGGGAGAAUAGAUGACUUACUGAGGGCAAACUGUGACCUGAGGAGGCAAAUAGACGAACAGCAGAAAUUACUUGAAAAAUACAAAGAACGUUUAAACAAGUGCAUCACCAUGAGCAAGAAACUGCUGAUUGAAAAGAGCACACAGGAGAAGCAGGCGUGUCGAGAGAAGAGCAUGCAGGAUCGUUUGAGACUCGGUCAUUUUACGACAGUCCGACACGGGGCCUCGUUCACGGAGCAGUGGACGGACGGCUACGCCUUCCAGAACCUUGUGAAACAGCAGGAGUGGAUUAACCAACAGAGGGAGGACAUUGAGAGACAGAGGAAACUUCUUGCCAAGCGGAAGCCUCCGUCUGCCAGCAACUCUCAAACACCCACCACAAACUCUGAGCCAAAGCAACGCAAAACCAAGACAGUGAAUGGGUCAGAGAGUGACCCCUUCCUUAAACCGAGCCUACCUCAGCUGUUAACUCUGGCUGAGUAUCAUGAGCAGGAAGAGAUCUUCAAACUCCGCCUGGGACACCUGAAAAAGGAGGAAGCAGAGAUCCAGGCAGAACUGGAGCGAUUGGAGAGAGUAAGGAACCUCCAUAUUCGGGAACUAAAGAGAAUCAACAAUGAAGACAGCUCUCAGUUCAAAGAUCACCCCACUCUGAACGAGCGGUAUUUACUGUUACACCUGCUGGGAAGAGGAGGCUUCAGUGAAGUUUACAAGGCGUUUGACUUGAUUGAACAACGUUAUGCUGCUGUGAAAAUCCACCAACUCAACAAGAACUGGAGAGAAGAGAAGAAAGAGAAUUACCACAAACACGCCUGCCGAGAAUACAGAAUACACAAGCAGCUGGACCAUCCACGCAUCGUCAAACUGUAUGACUAUUUCUCACUGGACACAGACACGUUCUGUACAGUCCUGGAAUACUGUGAAGGCAAUGACCUGGAUUUCUACUUGAAACAGCACAAGCUGAUGUCAGAAAAAGAGGCGCGCUCCAUCGUCAUGCAAAUAGUUAACGCUCUACGCUACCUGAACGAGAUUAAACCACCAAUCAUACACUACGACCUUAAACCAGGUAACAUUCUGUUGGUGGACGGCACGGCAUGUGGGGAGAUUAAAAUCACUGACUUCGGUUUGUCCAAAAUAAUGGAUGAUGACAACUACGGCGUGGACGGGAUGGACCUGACGUCACAGGGAGCUGGCACAUACUGGUACCUGCCCCCGGAGUGUUUUGUUGUGGGGAAAGAGCCUCCGAAGAUCUCUAAUAAAGUGGACGUGUGGUCAGUGGGUGUGAUCUUUUUCCAGUGCCUCUAUGGGAGGAAGCCGUUUGGCCAUAAUCAGUCUCAACAAGACAUUCUGCAGGAGAACACCAUCCUCAAAGCCACUGAGGUCCAGUUUCCCGUCAAGCCUGUCGCCAGUAAUGAGGCCAAGGCCUUUAUCCGGCGCUGCCUAGCCUACAGGAAGGAGGACCGGUUUGACGUGCACCAGCUGGGUAGCGACGCGUAUUUGCUUCCACAUAUGAGGAGGUCCAGUUCAACAGGGAACCUACAGUUGGCUGGGGCGGGUGGAUCAGGCCCUGCCCCCUCCAGCAUCAUCUCGUACUGAGAGUCUGCACUGACUCAAUGACUGACAGCUCCGCUGACCCAAUGUCUGCACAUCCUCCCAUAAUGGCAGUGGUGAAGGAGAGGAGGUGCUGGCCAGAGGAGGGGAAAUGGAUGACUAUGGAGGUGGAAUCUGAGAGUGAUGGAGUCGGAGUUAGGUUCUUACAGCAGCAGCUGUAACAAGUGCAUUGUAGGAGUUAGAGAGUGAACUGGCAGAGGAGAAAGAGGAGUGGAAAAACCGUGGAAGAGCAGUGUUGAAAUGGCGUUCAGAGGAACGAGCUUUUUGAAGAGUUUACGGAGCACUGCUUUCCACAACCUUCAAACAUGACUCGUGUCUUUCCUGUGGGCAGAUGGCUCCCUUUGACGGACAGGAGACCAUCCAAUCCAGUGUCUCGACAGACAGACCAUCCAAUCCAUUGUCUCAACAAACAGACCAUCCAAUCCAGUGUCUCAACAAACAGACCAUCCAAUCCAGUGUCUCAACAAACAGACCAUCCAAUCCAGUGUCUCGACAGACAGAGCAUCCAAUCCAGUGUCUCAACAAACAGACCAUCCAAUCCAGUGUCUCGACAGACAGACCAUCCAAUCCAGUGUCUCGACAGACAGAGCAUGGUCUGUGCCAGGGUUCAGAGGAGUUAUCUAUUAGGCGUUUGCUUAAAGAAACUACACGCAUAGUUUCUGUAGAAGUACAUUGAUUUCACUGUUGAUUCAGCGGUAAUGUUAUAAAUUAUGGAGCAAAGUGUUAGCGUUAAAAUUUCCCUACAGUUAGCCGUGAGAAUGUAAUCAUACUACACAGUGACUCCUAGUGUCACGUAUUCCCAGUCAGUGUACUAAUGUUUGAAUGCACAAAAAUAACCAAAUGUAGACAAACUCGUUCAGAGCCCUAUGCAGGAAACUUCAGAGAGAUUCAGUUCUAGACUCAUUCAAUGUAUAUUUACUGUAAAGGACAGUAAUAAUUAGAUACUAAAUUUCAACAGAAUCCCUCUGUACAAAGACUUAACUUUUUUUUUCUGCCCAUUUCUCUUGUAAAUUUAGUUUUCCUGGAGUGUUUUCAUUUUGCUGCUUUUGAUGUUGCUCUUUUUAAAAAAAAAAAAAGCUGUAUGAUCACUUUGGGUACAAAUUGUACAGUUCUGUUAAAAGAAUAAAAGAUAAUAAUAAAAACCAGGAGGAGAGAG